UAUACAAAUUCCAGAUACGUCGCUUAGUACAGGGGAUACGGGUCCGUGCUGCUUAUAGCGAACGCGGUCUGCUAGCAGGGCGGGCUUGUGAAAGUUGUACGCAGUAAAAGGUGUAAUCGUAUCGACAUAUAAAGUUUGCCAGCACGGGGUCUCGAGGUGGCUGGAAAGAGCGAGCACCUGAUCCCGGUUUCCAUGGCACACAACCGGCAGCUCCGAUAAGGGCACUUCGGGUUCUGGAGGGCUCCGACCACAGCGCACUGCGGCAUCGCUAUAGAUGGGCAGAAGCAUGCUGUGCCAGCCGUGUUCGACUCAGCAAGAGGGAUAUGUAACGGCACCUACGGAGGAUGCUCUGGAUGCCCCGCUGAAUCCAUCGCGAUCACGGAUCGCGAAGUUCCGUCAGCGCCGUCACAAGGCUAACGCCCGUGAACGGCACCGAAUGCACGGCUUAAACACGGCGUUGGACCUGUUGCGUCGCAGCGUUCCCAUUCGCGGCAGGUCGCCGCACAAGUUGUCCAAGAUAGAGACGCUGCGUCUGGCCAAGAAUUACAUCUCCGCGUUGGGGGAAACGCUGAGAACGGGAGAGCCCAUGAGCGCACUCGUCUUUGCUCGGUACUUGGCCCGUGGUUUGUCGCAGGCAACGGCGAACCUGAUUGCGGGGCAGCUACAGCUCAGUCCCAGGAGCCUUCAGCAGCAGAUCCACAGUGAGUCUCCUACGUCCUCGGGCCUGCAUACACCGGAUUCCCAAACCGAAGCGGAACCUGGCGGCUACAACUGUCAUUCAGCAUUGCUGGAUAAUUUUCAAUCAGCUGCGAACUUCGGUCACUACGAAGGCUGCUCCUCUGAAGCUUUCUCGUACCGCGUCCUUGUCUCGGAGUUUCCACCGCACAGCCCAUCGCAGAACAUUGCGGAAUUUAACGCCGAAUAAACUAU